UUUGUGAUUGAAACAUGGCCGACUCUGGUGUUGUGUAUGUUGUUGUUAGUAACAUUCCGGCAAAAUUUCGAUCGGCGGAUCUGCGAAACUACUUCAGCCAGUUUAUCGAAAGCGGGGGGUUCGUGUGUUUCCACUACCGGCACCGACCCGAAGUCCUGAAGGAUCCUGUCGUGUCUGGUGGGAAUCAGGAGCCGGAGAGAUCCGAUGAGACGCCGGAGUGUCCGGGGAGCAGUGACCCGGGGGAGGGCAGCUCCGCGUCGGCGGUCAGUGCCAAGGGGGUCGCCGCCACGAAGGCCAAAACAAGCUGCUGCUGUGUGGUCUCGGUUCACGCCCAAGAAGCUGCUAAAUUCGUGAAGAUGUACGCAGGGCAGCAGUGGAUUGAUUCGGAGGGGAGCUGGCUCGGUCGCCUCUGUGUGAUCCGACGAAUAAAAGUGUCUGCCCAGUCAGACCGGAGCGAGUUCCCGUACCGAACCAGGCCGGAGCUGCGCCGCCGCGUGGCCCUGAGCGAGCGCUUCACCGAGGAGGACCUGAGGACCCUGCCCGAGAUGAACCCCCCGGCCCUGAUGCCCCGCGGCAACGUGGGCACCCCGGUCCCCGUCUUCCUGCAGCUGAUCCAGGCCUGCCGGCUGCCCCCCCGCCUCAUCCGCAAACUGGGGCUCAGCUUCCCCCGCACGGCCUCCAGCCGGCGCUAUGGCAACGUGCCCUUCGAGUACCGCGGCACGCAGACGGUGGCGCCGCCGGGGGAGAGCGUCUACACAGCCGGGGGCGCCGAGCUCUCCGGGCCGGGGGGGCGGGGGAGCGAGGAGUCCGCCCGGGAGAGCGCCGUGCCCGGCGGGGGCGAGGGCGGGCCGCAGUCGGACUCGGAGGAUGACGCGGACGCCUGCGAGGAGUGGGAGCGCCACGAGGCCCUGCGCGAAGACGUGACGCGGCAGGAGCGCGCCGAGGAGAGGCUGUUCGAGGACGAGAUCGAGCUGAAGUGGGAGAAGGGCGGCUCGGGCCUGGUGUUCUACACCGACGCGCAGUACUGGAAGGAGGAGGAAGGCGAUUUCGACGAGCAAACGGCUGAUGACUGGGAUGUGGACAUGAGCGUCUACUAUGACAAAGACGGAGGUGAUAAGGACGCCCGUGAUUAUGUCCGCAUGAGAUAUGAACGCAGACUGAGAGAGGGGCUGGAGGAGGGGUCGACGCAGUGUCGUCCGAUCGGCAGUUUUGAGAAGUUCACGAAGGGCGUGGGCAGGAGGGUGAUGGAGCGCCAGGGCUGGAGAGAUGGAGAGGGGCUGGGGCACAGCCAGCCUGGGAUGGCAGAGGCCCUGGAGAGCGAGGGGCAGCACCCCAGGUGCAAGAGGGGGUUUGGUUACCAUGGAGAGAAGAUCAGCACUUUUCCACCCGUGAAGAAGCCACGGCCGACUUUCCUCAUAUCCACCGUCUAUGACCAGCCCAAAGACAUGGACUGCGGUGACAGCCUACUGCGUCGGCAGCCCACCACCAGCUUGAAGUACAGACAGUGGCAGCCAGGGGGCAGCAGUGAGACGCACAGAUAGCUCCUGGGAAACAAUUCGAGCGCUAAAUGUUGGAUCUCCUUUGGACUUUUGUAUUAUAUUUAUUAGUCUUAUUUCGUCUUUAACAUUCCAUGGUUUAAUCAUGGACUUCUCAGGAAAUGUGUUCAGGAUAUUUUUAACUUUUCACUACAUAGCUGUCAUGAGUUUCAGCUGCAGAUUCUGACAGAUGAAAAGCUGUCACAUUUUGCAGGAUUAUUUCCUUCAUUAUUAUUGUUGUUAUUAAUAUUAUAUCCUGAUCAUAUGUAAUGGGAUUUUAUAGUAACAGACUGUAAAACAUUUACAGUGUUUCUUGAAUUUACUGUAUGUUACAGUGUCCUUUGUAUGUUUAACUUUUUAAUAAGC